AUGCUGUAUAACAACAAUAACAGCAACAGCGGCGGCCAGUCGUACAAUAGUAGCCACCAUUACAACGGGCGAGGUGGAUACAGCGGAGGACGCGGUGGAUACAACGGAGGUGGUGGAUACAGUCGAGAUAGAGGUGGAGACCGUGGUGGGAAUAGAGAUAGAGGAGGCGACAGAGAUAACAGAGGUGGAGACAGAGAUGGAAACUACGGUGGAGAUGGUAACGGGCACGGAAAUGGACAUGGAGGUGGAGGGGGAGACAGAAAUGGUAAUUCCUCCAACCAACCCUAUGGCCAGAGUUUGGAAAACCAACUAGCCUCUCAAGAGAGAAGAACUGCACACAGAAGAACAGUAGACCAUGGUAAUAACAUGGGUCGUUGGUACAUUAAUAGAAGUAUAGGGCUCGAUGACCAAGCAAUUGGUAAAAUAAGGCCCGAGUCCUCUUAUUUGAUUGACUUGUUACCCUCACCAGCGUAUGCCAACAACCAUAAGCAUAACAUGGGGAUAAUGGAUACCCAGACCAAGUUUGUCCAUCUCUCGUCCAACAAGGCCAAGCAUUCUAUAAACACGGUGAAAUGGACGCCGGAAGGUAGGAGAUUGGUGGUUGCGUCGCACAUUGGAGAAUUCACCGUAUGGAAUGGUAUGACGUUCAAUUUCGAAACUAUUAUGCAAGCUCAUGAUCUGGCGAUCUUGUCCUUGAAGUACUCUCAUAACGACGAAUGGUUGUUAAGUGGUGACCAAGAAGGUACGAUCAAGUACUGGCAACCGAACUUCAACAACGUCAAUAUCUUGAAGGGGCACACAGACGGGAUUAGAGAUAUAGCCUUCUCUCCUAACGAUACCAAGUUUUUAACUUGUUCAGAUGAUUCGUCGAUCAAAAUAUGGAACUUCAAUAACGGACAGGAGGAAAGAACAUUGUCAGGGCAUCAUUGGGACGUGAAAACUGCAGAUUGGCAUCCAAAUUUGGGUCUUAUAGUGUCUGGAUCCAAAGAUAACUUGAUUAAGCUUUGGGACCCAAGGGCCCCAACGUGUAUCUCAACUUUACACGGGUUUAAGCAUACGAUAACCAAAGCAAGAUUCCAGCCCAACGGUACCAAGAGGUUAUUGGCCUCGGUUUCUAGAGACAGAUCGUGCAGAAUCUUUGACUUACGUACCAUGAAAGAUAUCUUAGUGAUCAGAGACCACGAAACAGAUUUAUCCUGCGUAGAAUGGCAUCCAAUCCACCCAUCUAUGCUUACUACUGCGGCCUACGAUGGCUCCAUGAAUCAUUAUUUGUUGAAUUCGUACAUAUCAGAGGGAAAACUGGAAUCCAACAGUAACACCUCAACUUCCAUUGAAGCCACUCAUAAGAUUCCGUAUGCACACGAAAGAGCAAUCCAUGCCUUGGAAUACCACCCCUUGGGUCAUUUGUUGUGCUCUGCUGGUGCUGAUAGACUGGCUAGAUUCUGGUCGAGAGCCAGACCAAACGAUCCCAUGGGAUUCCAAGAUGCAUUGUAUACGAACGAAAAGGCUGGCGCUUGGUACUACGGAGUCAAUAAUAAUAUUAACGCCGUCAUUGAACCCACCAGUCAAAGUAAAGACCUGGCCAACAAUAACCAUGCCAAUCAAAUUAACGGCAACGCAGGAUUCAGCGUACCAGGUAUCAGUGGAGAUUUCUCCAUCCCUGGAAUUGGUACAUAA